GAGUCCAGUUUGUCUUGCAAAAGUGGACAAAUCAAUCAGUACAAGAAAGCCAGGUUUAUAUGACCUUAAAGUUACGUCAGCCACUAGAAUAUCUGUUGCUUCCCGUCAACUGGAUUUUAGAUACGAGCAACCAGAGAACAAAAUUCUAACCAUUGUCGAAAUAAAGGCCUUGCAAGCUUUUCAGAAGGUAUCUGUUAAAGCCAAAAUCAUGGACCAAAAAGAGACAACUCUUCAAACCAUCAAAUCUGGAGAAGUCAUUCAAAAACAGUAUGUUACCAUUUCAGAUGCCUCCGAUACCAUACAGCUAUGUGCCUGGGAUAAACAUAUAAAACAAAUUCAACUUGCGAAGAGUUACACCUUUUGCAAUGUCUCAGUCAGAAAUUUUGAUAACAUAAAAUCACUCACCACAUGUCCUGACACUGUAAUUCAAGAAAUAUCAGAUAUUGGGGCGAUCAACAAUGCACAAGUUCAGUCGGUCAGUGUUAUUGAUACUAUAUUGGUGGAUUCUGUUUCUUGUGUCUCACUGACCCUUUGCGGAGUGUGCAACAAAGACAUCGGAACUUUUAAUCCUAAUGUACCUACAGUAAAAUGCAAAGUAUGCAACAUGCGACAACGAACAUCAAACCUGACAAGUUCCAUGAAAGUGCAAGUUAAUUGCAAGUUCCCUGAUAAUCCAGCGGCAUUCAAAUUUUCCAUCUCAAAUGGGAUACUAAAAAAUUUUGGUGACACUAGCCAAUUAAACACACCGGAUGACAUUGAAGAUUAUUUCCUCUCAAAAAAACUAAAAGUGGAGAUGACUCCAUCAAAGAGUCAAAUUUUGGCAAUUAUUAAGGCUUUGUAAAUUUUGCAGUUACUUAAGACAGUUGAUUGUUCCUGGCUAGAACAUUAUUGUCUGUAAAUAUCAUCCGAUUAUUUUGACAUUAUAACAGUGAACAGUUGAUACAGUUCUGUGUAGUGCUUCUACAAGUUAAAUUGUUCAUA